AUGGACGUUGACCGCCUGCAGAGACUUGCCAGUGCUGUCCGCACGGGUGGCAAGGGAUCUAUGCGACGUAAGAAAAAAGCCGCACAUAAAGCUGUCUCGGCUGAUGACACCAAGUUACAAAACUGCCUCAAACGCAUGCAGGUCAACACGAUCCCGGGUAUCCAAGAAGUAAACAUCUUUCAAGGCGAAAACGUGAUUCAAUUCGCCAACCCUAAAUUGCAAGCUUCCCCUCCAGCUAAUACUUAUGUGGUGACGGGCCCGUCUUCUACUAGAGCUCUCCAAGAUAUACUCCCCGGUGUCUUUAGCCAGCUCGGUCCUGAAAACAUUGCGAACUUGAAGAAAGUGGCUGAACAAUACUCUCAGGAAAGUGGCUAA